AUGCCUGUCGGCAUGAUUAAAGCAAUUUGGAAAUUACUAUAUAAUAAAAAAAUACCAAAGUGCCAGUACUUCUUUGAAGAAGUUAUCCCACGUUAUGAUUUUUCAACUUUUCGAAGCCACUUUAGGAUAACAAGAACAUCAUUUGAAGCAAUAUUGAAUCAUAUAGCAAAUGCACCUGAACUAAACAGAAAAGAUCCACUAUUGUAUGGAGGAAUGCCACAAAUACCUGUUGAAAAGAUGUUGCUUGCAGCACUUUGGACAUUGGCAAAUCCAGAAUGUUAUCGACCUAUAGGAGACAGAUUUAACAUUACAAAAUCCACCGUGUUUAUGUGUGUUCAUAAGAUUGUUGAUGUGAUUCUAGUUCAUUUAUGUAAAUUGUUCAUUAAGUGGCCCACUGUAAAUGAACGCAAUGCUAUAUCUCAAAAUUUCGCUCGAUUUGGAGUCCCUAAUGUAAUUGAUGUAGUUGAUGGCUGCCACAUACCUAUAAAGAAACCUACGCCACAUGGAGUAGAUUAUUUCAAUAAAAAUUUUUUUUAUUCUGUGGUGCUCCAAGGAAUUUGUACAAGCAAUCUGAUGUUCACAGAUGUGGAUUGUAGAUGGCCAGGUAGUGUUCAUGAUGCUCGAAUAUUUAGAACAUCAGAUAUACAGGGUCAAGUGGCUGAUCCCGACUUGAAACCGUCAAGCCGUUACCCCAAAAGGGAGCACCUGGACCACGUGACCUCGCCUGAUCGACGAUAA